CAUCAUCAAAAUGAAAAGCAGAGAGCGGGGUGGAAAAGGCAUAAGAGGAGGAAGGAGUCGAGGUAGGGGAGCAGCAGGAAGAGAUGCAGGAUUCACAAGAGGUGGUGGUGGAGGUGGUGGGCGCAGUGGCAUUAUCAGAGGACGAGGAAGAGGCUCACUGCGGGGUCAGAACAGAGGAGGAAGAGGCGAAUCAACACCCCGUGGAAGAGGAAGAGGAACAUUGAUGGCACGUGGAGGCAGAGGUACUAGAGGAAGAGGUGGUGGAGGCAGAGGUACUAGAGGAAGAGGUGGUAGAGGCAGAGGUAUCAGAGGACGAGAUACUAGAGGAAGAGGCACUAGAGGAAGAGGUGCUAGAGGAAGAGGUGCUAAUGUAAGAGGAAGAGGAAGAUUACCUAACACUCAAGAAGGUUCCUCGAGUCACUUUGAGAAUGAGCACCAGGAAACCUACCAACAGGUAAUGGGUAACGAUCAACAAUUCAACCAACAACUUGCAAGGAGAAAAAUUCAACAAGCACGCAGGACAUUAGCAACGUCACAACAGAAUAACAGGAAUCAGGCAAGGCACAAUAUUAUUGAUGAACGAAGAGGUAUUGCAGGAGGAAUGAAGCAGACCAAGGGCAAUUUAGGAACACCACUUAGAGUGCGUGUGGGCAGUGGAACUAUUGUUAGGGGACUACGCUCGGACCAACUUCUACUUCACAAGAUGAAGCACAACUAUAACACUCACUCAGAUUCAAGAUUGAACAGUACAGAAACAUAUGCAGAAAAAACAACUGGAACUGGAGAGACACAGAGAGGGUCGAGCUCGGUAGUGUCUCUCUCAUAUCAACGAGGAUUGACUGUUAGUAUAAAAAACAACAUUGCUUCACAUCAUUCACAGCACAAUGGCACUAUUCCUAGAAAUAGACCACGUCUCAACAGAAACAGAAUGAACCAAAUUAAAGCCAGGAGUUAUGGUCCAGCAACAUUUACAGUUGUAAAUGAUCAUGCCUAUCCUCCAGAGCCUCCAUUUCAAAUAUCUCAAGAGCGUCCCAGAAAAUUAACCAAACGUAAUAUUAUCUCAAACAGGGAUCCAAGAGCAAGGAUGGCAGCGCCAGUGUUGAAUUUACCCCCAGAAAAUAUACGUUCGGUACCUGAACCCCAUCGGCAAAUACUGGAUCCUAAAGUACAAAAAGAAAUAGCAAUGUUGCAGGGCAAAGAUGAAAUAUCAUUAAAUAAUGGUCCAGGUCCAGGAGUGAAAGGGUUCAGACACAUCCCUAGCCAAACUACACGUUCCCUUAAUGAACGCUUUACUGAAGAGAGAAUGGUAACUGGUUAACCUGUCUUGUAUUGUUAUAAUACAUCUUGCUGUAAAAAAGCUUAGUGCUAAAUUUAGCCUUAAUGCUAUGUUUUUGUGGGGGCUUUGUUUUUAUGAGGUAAGAUUCUUUAAACAAAAUUGUAUAGCUAUAUUGCGAUUUAAGAAUUACCUUUUACUGUAAUUUAUUUUUUCAUUGGUAGUUUCUAUAUUUUCUCUUCUUUACAAAACAUAGUUUAAAUUGCAUAUUGUCUCAAUAUUUGUUAAAUAUACAAUAUUUUUUUGGGCAUGGCAAUACAUAUGGCAAGAUCUCAUGUUCUGGACUUUAAUUAAAAAAGUCACUGUUUUAGGCAUUGACAAAGUGAAGUAACAUUUUACCUGGCAUGUUCAUUUUCAUUUACAUUCAGUAGUUUAAGUAAUUUCAGUAUUGAAUAGUUUCAUAUUAUGUGAAUAUAACUUUUGCCUAAAUGUAGGCAGUUUGACUUAGUGAUGGUGUGUAUCCCUUUUAACUGUAGGGUUGUCAGACAGCAGGUAAGAAUAUUUUUCACUGUAAAUGGAUUUGAUAUAAGAUAUCUUGAUUUUAUAUUUAUUAGUGAGCCUUUAUAAUUGUACCCUUCUUUCAAUAUUUUUUUGCUAAACGACCAUAGAUCUUAUUGUGCUGUAACAAGUUGGUUUGUAAGUAAAUUUUAAAAAAUUAGUAUGAUGUUUAAAUUAUUAAAAAACUUAUUUAUCAAAAAUAUUUGACUAACAUAUUUUAGUGGAGGACUGUGUUAUGCAGGGUUCUAAAUUAGUCAUUCAAGUAAAUUUAAAUAUCUGUGCCAGAUAUGAAUUUUAGAGCACUUAAACCAAAGUGUAGAUGUUAUUUUUACAUUAAAAGGAAUAAACAUUUAAAAAGAA